AUGGUGUGGGCAGAACCAGUGCGCGCGAUCGACGGCUCCAAACGGAGCCCUCUCUUACCUCUCGCAGUGGAAGUUGUCAAGAAUGGCGCGACAGUGGCAUGUGUCACCGUCCCAGUGGGUCGUCAAGGUUCAGAAGGGGAUCACGUCCCAACGGGCAAAUUGUUAUUCGAGGCACGCAAAGGGACGCGGGCGGGGCAGGUCAAGCGACACCACAGCCACCGCAGGGUCUACCAGAAAAAUGAACCGAUCACCCCCAAUGAGCAUGAUCGAGAGGACGCUGACCCAACCACUGAAAACCACACACCGACCAGCACCGGUCCGGGUUGA